UGGACCGGGCUGUGCUGGAGCUGCUGGCUGCUCUGCGCUGUUGGCGCUCCGCUCUCGGCCCGAGUGAGUGAACAGAGGCCGUUAUGAGAAUCCGAGCCCGCUGCUGAGACCCUCUGCGAUGGAGACAGUUAUCUUUUUGUUGUGAACAGCUGAGCGCCGUAGGAGUGAGUGAAGGGUGAAACACGUGGCAUAUGAGCUCAGGCAGUGAUAGAGCGAGAGAGAGUGGGAGAGAGAGAGAGAGAGAGAGAGAGAAGAGAGUUGAACUGCGGGUUCAGUCAGAGGAGCCGAGCGCGCUGAGGAGCAGCUCAGUCAAGUCAACGAAAACAGCACUGAAGUUAACUCGGCUAGCAGCUUAACUAGAAACCUACAGAUAAGCGACGGCGUUCUCGGUUCAGGUUAGGUAGUCUUAAGUUAUCUUAGUUAGGCUACUGUUUCUUAUUCCACCGCAAACCAUGAGGGGAACCGUUACCCUGAGCGUCCUGCUCGUCUUGUGCUACAGUUCCUUCACAAGAGGUGACCAUGACACAAGCCCGCCCUUGGCUCCUACCAGCUUUAGCCUGCCAGAAACCUCAUCACCUCCCAUCAACAGCUCCUCUGCUACAGAGCCCAGCUCCCCUGCAAACUCUAUACCUCCACAUCUCAACACCUCCUCGGAGGUAGACAGCAGUGCUGCAGCAGAGCUUUCUCCUAAUGACACCGUCAGUCAGAGUGGAAAUGACGUCACAGACAGCGCCAUCAAAAACAGCACAGAGGCACCAGCCUCUACCACAGCAGCUGCUGGUACUGCAGUCACACCAGUGAACAGUACAAGUGUUUCUGGAAACCUCACGAAAAGCACAGAGGGAUCUGACCUUUCAGCAAGAGAUAACCACACUCUCUCCACCACGACAGCACCCACCACUGCUACCCUGACAAGCACCCAGCCACCCAAAGCCAAGCCCCACUCCAGCACAUCAGCUCCCACCACAGUGUCUCAGACUCUUUCUGCCUCGACAACUUUGUCCCAGAGUACCACUGCUAGCCAAAAGUCAGCAACCACCAGCCCAGAGGCGACAACUGCUCAAACCAAGCUGACAUCUUCAACAGUUACUACUAAAGGAGCAAGUACUACAACCACAACCACCCUUCAGACUACAGAGACCAGCAAGCCCCACAGCAGCACUACAAUCCAGGCUGGAGCUCAUGCAGACACACCCUCUGAGCUGAAUGUCGGAGAUGAUGUUGAAUCCGGUGCUACCAUGGAUCCGCUCUUGGCUGGCCUGGUGUCUGUGUUUGUGGUGACUGCCGCUAUUGUCUCCCUCCUAAUAUUCCUGAAAUUCAGACGCCGUAACGAGCGCCCAGAAUUCCGCCGACUCCAAGACCUCCCUAUGGACGAUAUGAUGGAGGACACCCCUCUCUCCAUGUACAGCUACUGAGCGACUGAGACAAACGCUUAAAGCCUUGAAUGAGACACAGGCCUCCUCUGAGCUCACCUGCCCCGAAUCCCACCAUUCCUUUAUUUCAGAAGAGACGUUUUGUUGUUAAGGGGCCACCGCUUUUAACCUGUCUUUAUUUUUUUAAGGGGGCAUGUCAUGCACUCCUAUUCUAUAAGCGGAAGGUACCUCAAAAUCCUGGGCCAAAGUAAAAUGUUGUUUUUAUUUCUGUUAAAGAAGGAAAAUGAAGGGGAGAGGCUUAGUCCUUUUUAAAUCCCUCACAGUGAGGGUGAUCGAUUCUGCUUAAAUGCACCCCCUAUCAAGAUCCACUAGUUCACUGCCCAUUAGUGACACCCACUGCACAAAUGACAUCAGAUCCAGUCAAAGAACUUGAAUUGUGGUUUAUUUUGUGAAAUGAUGAGCCUAAAGUAAUUAGGGGGAACCAAAUACAAAGACCAAAGGAGAAAUGUGCCUUUAAGACAAAAUAUUAAAGCUCCAGGCCAGAUUUAAGUGGAAUCGGUGUAUUAAAACUAUUCUGUAUGUUUAGGAUUUUUUUCUAAUGUGUGUGUGCUGGUUGCUGUAGAAGUGGCUUUUUAUACACAACUUGUCGGGUAGGAGAUGCAGCGCAAUCUUUGUAGAUUGUUAGGACAGCCAGGGGUUGACCUCAAAUCCUGAUCUUAUUUUAUUACAGCAGACUAAUUUGAAAUGUGUAAAAGGCACACAAGCAUGUAAUUCACAUGCAGUGCAGCUCACAUGUAUAAGCAAAGCUGGUUUAUUCAAUUAAAAGUACACACUUUGAUUUUAAAACAACACCCUGCAAACUUGAUUUGACAUAAAACUGAAGGAAGUUUGGGGGAGGGGUUGGAGUUCGAUGUGCUUCUCAAGUUUACUGUACAACAGGGUCUUCAAAUCCAGACCUCGAGUCCAGUUUCUGGUCCUGGAUUUUGUACUCACUUGUUGUUUAUACCUUACAGUCAACCUGAUAUCAAAAUAGACCAUUUUUUACUUUUUACUGUGUUUUACUUUGAAAUAGAUUACAGGACAAUAAUUAAACAUUCAAAUUCACACUGACUUUAAUGGGGAAUUCCACUGGGUUUUUUUUUCUGCGUAAUUUAAAUAUUGAGAUGUGAACAAAGUCAUUCAGAGUGAUUUGAUGUGAAAUGAUGUCAAACUGUUGAGAAGCUCACCACUCUUUUUUUUUUUUCUUUACAGUGGUGGUGACAAAGCAGGGAUUAUUUAUUUUGCUGCUGUGGGAAAAAAACCUUGUAUCUCC